AUGGAGGUGUCGCGACCGGUGCCAGCCGCGGCGGACGAUCGCCAGGCCACUGCGAGCUUUAGUCGCUCCAGCGAAUACUCGAAUGGGAACUUCAGUGGCCACCUCGACUCUUCUCAGGGCGCGCGUCUGACUGAAGGGAGUGUGAGCUUGGGUGGCCACCGCCAGACGGAGAUGAAGAUCAAGGCUACAGAUUUUGACGACCUGCCGCCUGAGACCACGAAGGAUUACAAGGGCCGUAUCCGGACGUGGCCUGGGCUCCUCUUACUGCUACUCAUCGUCAGUGGCGCGGUGACGGUCAUCGUCCUGCAGGCCAAAGAGACGAGCGAUAUGAUCCACGUGAACCAAGAUAACUACGAGCAAGAGCAGGCCUAUAAACGCAAGAUCAAGGACGGCAAAGAGGACGACCAAGUCCUCAUCUCGGACGACGGGCAGGUCGGGAACCCCAAGAAAUACCCUGACAUGGGCUGUGAACUGCCAGACUAUCAAAGUAAGAACGGCCAGAUCGUGGCUGUCUCCAAGAACGGUACCGAAGUGCCUGUGAGUAUCAAAGGUGUCAACUGGUUCGGCAUGGAAACCGGUCUCGCCAUCCCCUUCGGACUCUGGGAAAACAUGGACAACGGUACUUCAGUGUACGAGGUUGCAGCCUUCCUGGCCCGUAAUAACUUCAACAGUGUCCGACUACCUUUGUGCGUCAAGAACAUCCUCAACGACGUGGCUCCGGAAAAGUCUCUGAUCAAUUUGAACACGAACCGCGCCGUCAACAUCACGUCCUACAUCACGACCGUCCAAUCGAUCGUCGAGGCGCUGGGCUACCGUCACAUCACGGUCAUGAUCAGUCUGCACACUCUGGACACCAAAAAGUCCGGUGGAGCCUGGUUCAGUGACGAGCUGGGGGUCACCGAGGACGAAUUCCUGUCUGCUAUCGACAUUUUGACCAAAAAUUUGUGUAUUUCCAAAUACUGGAACAUCCUCGGACUAGAUCUCAAGAAUGAACCUCAUGAAUGUUCUUGGGGCGGUGAGGACCCCGACUGGCAGAAAGGAGCCACGUUGAUCGGUAACCGCAUGCUGGAGGACUGUCCGAACUGGAUGGCAUUCGUGGAAGGUAUUGCCGGAUCGGGCAAGAUCACUCUUAAUGGGGAAAACAGAGUGUACUUCGAUUGGUGGGGUGGAGGCAUGGAGAACGCCGGGGACUUCCCUAUCACCUUCGACGUCGAGAAUAAGCUCGUGUGGUCGCCACAUUACUACAAUACUGGUGUAAGUCCAGCAUGGUACCUGUACGCCUCUGGUACACAGGGGGAGGAGGGUGCAUUGAACGGCUAUGUGGAACUGGACGAUGAAACGCUUAGAAACAAUGUCGAGAAGAGUAUGGAUGCGAUGUUCGGGUACUUGAUUGAGCGCGACCCUAACGUGGCCAUGGUCAUGGGCGAGUUUGCCGGGUUGUACGCUAAGGAUGUUCACCCGAUGCUCACCACUAAACGCACAACGGACUUCACUAUGGAGGUCAUGCUCAAGGCGAAAUAUGCCGGAGCCUACAUGUGGUCAUUGAAUCCUGAAAGUGCAUACCAAUUUAAUCCAGGCGACACGUACGGCCACUUCACGGAGGGUCUCCUGGAAGACGACUGGCUUACACCUAACAAGGUGUUUGUCGACGGUAUCGCGGCCUUGGACGCGAUGGAGAAUCUUCGAAUGUUCCCGUGUUUCCCUCAGGAAGUCGAGGGCUCUGACUCGGAGGAGGAGGAAGAGGAGUAG